UGUAUGCACAUGUGCAUGCUUAACUGGGGAGCCCUGCUCACAGUCAGUAGGAGGGUUUUUGCCUGGAGCCGCGGGCCCUCCCUGCGGCACACAAUCUGUCCACCACAUCCUGCCUCUCCACCUCCUCCUCUCCUUUCCCAGCUCAAGAAGCCAAGAUGGGAAGUCUCUCACGACCCUGCGGCUUGGCCAGGAGGAAGCCUGAACUUGAUACAGCUGACUUGCCUGGGGCCUGAAAGAAAGAAAGAAACAGCCUUCGACAACUCCUUCUCCACCCCCAAAGACGGAGGAGGGCAGACGAGGACGCACGACCCGGGAGUGCGGCACAUGCGAGUGGUGGCACAGCGGGAAGGUCACACUCAGUCACCGCAAGUGGCAGCAGCUGGUCUUGGUGCUCUCCGGCCAGGCCUGGCCAGAGCUGCCACCCCACCCUACACUCUUCCCUGGAAGCCACCCCCUACCACCCAGCCUGUCCUAGAGACCCCAUGGCUUUGUGCUUGCUGCUUCUGCACACUGUCCCCACUUAGCUGCUCUGUGUCCUCCAAGCCCAGCCAAGUGCCCCUGGAGCUUUCCACCUCAGAACGAUUGCUGUGUGGCUGUCACGCUCCCCAGACUGGGAAAGGUCAGGGAAGGGACCAGGUCCUGGUCGUCUUUACGCCGCAGGGGGACAUGACAGGGAUGAGUGGGAGGUCUGGGCGGGACCAGUUUGGGAAGCACGGCAGGUGAUGCUGGGGAGCAAGGGCCCAGUAACAGCGAAGGAAUGAACUAACAAGACUGGUGUGCAGCAAUUAUAUGCAACAAAAGGUGUCACAAAUGGGCACAACCUGAUA